AUGUCUAGUAAUACUAAAUUUAAUUCAAAUGAGUGGAUUGAUUGGAUUGAAGAAGCUAUUGCAAAAAAGCACAUUAAAUAUUACGAUUACAAGCAUUUUAAUAAUAUUCAAGAAAUUGGUUUUGGAAAUUUUGGAAAAGUAUAUCGUGCUAACUGGAAAACAAACCAAGACAAUAAUUCAAAAAAAUAUUUACUGGUUAUGGAAUAUGCCAAUAGUGUUACUCUCCGAAAUUAUUUAAGUGAACAUUUUGAUAAUCUCACUUGGAACAAUAAAUUGGAACUAGCAUUUCAAUUAGCUAAUGCUAUAUCAUGCUUACAUGAUGAAGAUAUCGUUCAUCAUGAUUUGCACUCAAAUAAUAUAUUAGUUCAUAAGAAUACCAUUAAAUUAGCAGAUUUUGGAUUGUCAAAAAGGAUUGAGGAAUCAUCCAAUGUUCAAUCAAAAUUAUUUGGAAUGGUUGCAUAUGUUGAUCCACAAGUAUUUAAUAGCAAAAGGGAUAGUAAUAAUAUCAAAAUAGUAUAUUCAUUAAAUAAAAAGAGUGACAUCUACAGUAUUGGCAUACUCUUGUGGGAAAUUUCUAGUGGACGGCCACCUUUUCAUAAUAAACCACAUGAUGAUGUUGGUUUGGCUAUGGAAAUUUUACAAGGUCUUAGAGAAAAACCUAUUCCUAAUACACCUGUAGAUUACAUAAAAAUAUACACUGAUUGCUGGAAUAAUGAACCAGAUAAUCGUCCAACUGUCAACCAGGUUAUUGCAAAAUUAAAUGNAAUAUUGAUUAAUUAUAAGCUUAUUUAUAUCAGAUUGCUGGAAUAA